UCAAGACUCUCUCUCUCUCUCUGUGCAAGUUAGUAUCUCAGUGAAUUUCACUACUCACUUUCGCGAAUCGAUCUUCUCUCUCUUCGCUGUUCAAUCGUCUCCGAGGACUCUGCCUCGGAAUCCCACACUCAAGCCCUCUUGAUCGAGGAGAAAGGUACUUGCAGUGAAAAACUACCAAGAUGCAAGCACAAUAUGAGAAAGCUAUGGAAGAGUUUAACAGGAAAAAUGUGGACUGUUUAACUUCCGUACCAUAUUCAGGCCUCAACCUCGGCAUCAUUCACCACUGAUCGAUUACCAAACUUCUCUGGCAACUCUGAGAUGGCGUCUCCAUUCAGGUCCCAUAUACAUGGCGGCGACACAAAAAACCGUGAUGGCGUGCUAUUUGUGGAUCCUCAACAACCGGUUCUUUCAGUGGCACCUCUCAAUAGCAUGCCAUAUACAGGUCCACAUGUAAUAUCUAGUGAUGAUGAUUUAUCCCCAACAGAGAUGGAAAGCGAUCCUAUGGCAAGUAAUGAGCCUGCUCUGGUGUUCUUGCCUUCUCGCCCAACUGAGGAACAGUGGAAUAACAUUUUAGCUGCUACCAAUAGGGGAGUUGGCUUAACAGGAAGUGCUGCAAUGGGAAAAAUAGGGCCAAUUGUAGGGUCAUUGGACAUGGCUGAAUCUGAGGAUGCAUAUGUUUUUCGUGUUUCUCUCCCUGGAGUGAAUCAAAAUGGAUUUAGUUGUGAUAUCGAACCUACUGGGAAAGUAGUGAUAAAGGGAGUAACAUCAAUGGGUGAAAGAACAGUUCACAAAUUCUCCCAAGUAUUUGAGAUGUGUACACAAAAUCUUUGCCCACCGGGGCCUUUUUCGAUUUCAUUCAAGCUACCAGGUCCAGUCGAUCAGCAACAAUUUAAUAGCAAUUUCGGAGGUGAUGGGAUUCUUGAAGGAAUUGUAAAGAAAAUGACAGGAACAGGUCUUUGAUUUAAUUACCCUGUCCAGUUAGAAGCCUUUCUUCUUUCUUCUUCCUUUAUUGAAGGAAUUGUAAAGAAAAGGCCACAGAAAGGUCUAUGACUUUGUUGUACUUUUUAAUUGACACCUUGUAUUUUCAGUUCCAUAUUGUGGAUGUUCCGGCUGUUUUGGUAUAAAAAUGUAUUUGUGUUUAGGUUUAGGGCUCUGUUUGUUGUGAGAUAUGAAUCUUACCUUCGGAAGCUCUAUAUGGAAGCGUUGCCUUCUUGUUGCAUUAUA